CGCACACUCCAUGGCACUUUUAGGCACUACAAAUUCAGACCCUCCUCCCCACUGAUCCCCCAUUCCGAAUCUCCUCUCCUCAUCCUCCUCUCUUUCUCUCCCUCCAAACACAACCAGUUAAUUCUAUUCCCAAAUCCCCAAAUCCUCUGUUUUUCCCCUGCCUCUGUUCCUAACACAUUGGCAGAGGAUUUCCAAUUCCCCUCAAAUUCUCUCUUUCCAUUUCCAUUCUUCAAAAUACCCUUUUCUCACCAUGUCAACUGUUGUAUGUCAAGGACUCCAAUCUUGUCUAGAGUCCCAGCUUGUAGAGACUAGAACACUAAGGCUCAAACUAGCUUCACCAACAAAACCAAGCCAUAAUGAAGAAACCAACCACAACAACUCCUCAAAUCUUGACUUGGGUGGUUGGAGCUUCCUCCAAUCUCUCUCCAACACCUCCCAAAACCCUUCCCAAAAUCCCAAACAAGCAUUGGAGAGAGAAAGCUUCUAUGUCCAUCCUAUGGAGAAGCGAUCCUUGUCCACGCUGAGCGAUAAGAGCUUGGAAUUAUGUACAGAGAAUUUGGGAAGUGAGACGGGCACUGACAUGAUUGAAACUAGUAUUUUUUCGUUCCACAAAAUGGAUACCAUGUUGUCGGUCCACAAAAGUGAUAGCGAAGAAGGCGGGGAUAAGCCAAAGCCGAGGCUGCUGCAGGGUAUGGAAAAUAGUGGCAAAGCGAAUAAUUGUCGCGAUUUUCCACCUCCAUUGACAACGAUGACUGGCUGCGGUUCAAUUCAAGUUAGGCCCCACAGGGAAGGCGGGAGGUUGAUAAUCCAAGCCAUAGAGGCCCCAACAAACCAUUCUUAUCUUCAAGCCGAAAGAAGCCAUGGCCGCCUUAGACUAAGCUUUUGGAGAGACUGUUGUGACACUACUUUUGACUCUGAAAUGGGUUGUGAAGAAAAUGAGGAGGAGUGUGGCAUGGAAGAAGUUGAAAAUGAGGAAGAAAAACAAGAUUUUGAAGAAAAAGAAGAGGAAGGGUUUGAAGAAGAAGAAGAAGAAGAAGAAGAAGAAGAUGAAGAUGAUGAUGAUGAUGAGAGGGAGGAUAUGGAGGGUAAUAGUUUGGAAGUUGAGGUGGAAAUGGGAAUGGAAAAUUUUCAAAGGCCAAGUAGGUGCAAAGAAGGUGGGCAUGGCAACAAUGGGUUGUGUAAUUGGGAGACUUUUUGGGUGGCUACUUCUUAAAAGAUUCACUUUGUAGCUCUUCAAAUAUUCCAAGUUCCACCAUUUUUUUUUCCUUGGCUUGUCCUUUGCCCUUUUUGUUCCCCCCUUUUUAAUUCACCUCUUCCAUUUAAUAUGCUUAUGGUUGGUAGUUAUUAUCGUUAUUUGGACAUUGCUUCUUUUUCUCUCUUUCUAAAGUUUACAUAACCCUAGUCAUGUUUUUUAAAUAGAAAGAAAGAAAGAAACCUUAGUAUUGUCUUGGUGUCAACUAAAAUUCAAGGGUUGACUUGAUGAACGAGAUGCUCUCUUAUCUAGUGCAAUGUCUGAGUUUAAAUAUGACUGUUGAGUUAUAUGUGCAGUUUUCACUUCUCUAGAUUUGCAUAACAUUUGGUAUUCAAGGGAAUUAAUGCAUAGAGCAUUGAGAGGACUCA